GUAUAAAUAGGUGCCAAAUCAAGAAGUUUAGAGACACAAAGUCAGAAACGCUUCAAACAUUGCAUUUAUAAUUUAGUUGAUUGAUGUAUUGGGAAAUCAUGGGAGGAAUUGAAGAAAGGUGGAGGAAAGGGCCAUGGACUGCUGAAGAAGAUCGUUUGCUCAUGCAUCAUGUCAGCUUGCAUGGCGAAGGCCGUUGGAAUUCGGUGGCUAAUCUUGCUGGGCUCAGAAGAAAUGGAAAAAGUUGCAGACUAAGAUGGGUGAACUACUUAAGACCAGACCUAAAAAGAGGAAGGAUUACUCCUCAUGAAGAAACCAUCAUUCUUGAUUUACACGCUCGCUGGGGAAAUAGAUGGUCGACAAUUGCAAAAAGCUUGCCAGGAAGAACGGAUAAUGAGAUAAAAAAUUACUGGCGAACCCAUUUUAAGAAAAAAGUUAAAGUGGUAUUAGACGAACCAGCAAAGCUGAAAAUGCGACAGCUAAAAAGACAAAAGUUUCAACAAGAACAACGACAACAACAAUUGCAACAACUUCAGAUGCAACAACAAGAUAUUGCUGAUAUGAAAAGGAUAAUGUCCUUUCUUGAAGAAAGUGAGAACCAAGUAGAAUAUAUGCCUCCAACCGUGGUUGGGAAACAAAAAGACAAAGCAUCCAGUGGUUGUUGUUAUGGUUCAUCUUAUGCACCGGAGACCUCAUCCAUGAGUGAAGAUUUCGGUAUGUGGGAAGGAUUGUGGGACUUGGAUGAUGUGCAUGGUCCUAACUUUCAUGCUGCAAAAGCUAGCUAGCAAUUAAUUAAUAAUAUUCAUAUG